AUCUGGAGCAUUGCCCGUUGUGCUUUUAAGGCAGAAACCCCUUUGAGUUGGCGGUUAUCUAUUACAUGGUGAACAUUAUGGCGGGUCGCUGUCUUAUCAUUCUUGCGUCACUAUUUUAUAGUGUCCGUGGACAGGUUAUCUCACGUGGACCGUGUCCAGCUGUUGUGGUACAACCAGACUUCAACGUUGACAAAUAUACUGGUUGGUGGUACGAGAUUGAGAGAUUUCCAGCCUCGUUUGAAACUGGUCUGAAAUGUAACAAUGCAAAGUACUGGCUGAAACAAGAUGGCACUAUUGGGGUAAUCAACAUUGAGACAGACAUCGUGACCGGUGAACAAACCUCGGUUGAAGGCGAUACCUGGGUGCCAGACCCUAACGUGCCGGCUAAGUUGAAAGUGAAAUUCCGAUCAUGGAUGCCGGCAGGUGACUACUGGGUUCUGAGGACUGACUACGACACUUUCUCUGUAGUGUACUCGUGUGACGAUUUCAUGCUCGGAUUCGUCAAAAUGGAAUACGCAUGGAUUCUAGGCCGUGGUCGCACUCUCAAUACUCGCACUCUGACAGACAUCAAGCGAGAUGUACAAGAUCGUGGUAUCGAUAUCAGUAACUUCAUAUUCUCUGACCAGACUGGUUGUGAAGCUUAAGAUAACACGUUGAAUUAUUAACCCUUGGACGUGGUUUAGUCUGCCAUCUUCGCUUAGGAGCUUUGAGUUGUAGAUUUUAGAAUGUUGGAAUAGUUACAUUACAAGAACUGGACAGGGUUUUCUUUGAAGUUUUUGUUUUACUCUUCUGGCAUUUUGAAUGAGAGGAGAAAAUUAAAUUUGGGGAUGGUAUGCUGCCCGGAUAUGAAAAAGAUCGACGCUAUUUUUGGCCGGGAAAAACAACUUUAGGGCAAUAUCGUGUCAUUUUCUGAAAAUGGCCGUUAAAGCAAAACUUGGGAAAGGAUCAAAGUUUGGGUGAGGUGAUUAUAAAAGAAAUAGUAGAAAAAAUGUGUGUUAACGAUUAGUAGUGAAUUGUGAUGAAAUGAUAACCACGUGUCCAGUGAGUGAAUAACCAUUAUAUUACAAAGUUGAAAAUAAAUGUACAUUGUUAUGAAGACUGACUACGA